AUGGCUUCCAGGAGGCGCAGAUGAGGAGUGACGAUUAUCUCACAAUUUUACGUCGCGUUUACAGACAUGUAGGAGAGCAGAACUCGCCCCAGAACAUAUCGGACAGUCUGUGAUACUGACCAGCAGGUCUGAGAUCCAGCCAUGCUGAAGUGGUUCUCCACUGAUGAGGCCGGUUCUGCCCAGGGGGCUCCCGGCUCCCCCCAGGCUGGUGCUGGUGCUGGUGGCCCCCCCCUCUCGGAGGUGACGGAGCGUUUGGCUCAGAUGGAGCAGCUGGUGUCUCAGUUAAAGGAGAUGAUCAGGGAGAAAGACGUGGCUCUGCACAGUAAAGAUGAACAGCUGAAGGCUGAGAAGGAGUCGUGCGAGGCCAGGCUGUCUAAGAUGCGGCUCCAGAACAAGGCGAAGGUCACAUCGCUGAACGCUCAGCUGGAGGAGCUGAGGAAGCAGCAGGGGGAGCCAGCGAGCAAGGGAACGCCACCACAGUUCAAACGGAGCGGCAGUGGCGAGGCGGGGGAAUCUGAGCAGGCCGGAGCGAGUCGGGGGAAAAUCCUCCUGCUGAAGAAGAAAGUGGAGGAGCUGGAGCAGCAGCUCGCCCACAGAGAGAAGGAGCUGCAGCAGAAGACGCAAGAGCUGGAAGCCCAGAGAGAGCGAGGAGUGGAGAUGGACGCCAUGCUGGUGGAGAGAGAUAAGCGUCUGGCUGAGAAGGAGGCUUACAUCGUCCAUCUGCAGGUGGCCAUGUCUGGAGAACAUCCAGCUAAAGCAGAGAACGUUCCUCAGGACAACAAGCAGGAGCGGCCGGUGGACGGGUCACUGCAGGAGCUGCAGAUGCUGGUUCAGAGCCUGACGAAGAAAGUAGGAGACGGGGAGGAGAGAUACAGCCUGCUGAAGGAGCAGAACGACAGCCUGAAAGAGCUGCUGGUGUCCGAGAAAGCGCAGUUUGAGGAGAAGGAGAACAUGUACAAGCAGAACAUCCAAACGUUCAAAGACAUCAUUUUACAAAAAGACAACAAGUUGAUGGAGAUCAAUCAGAUGCACGAGCAGGAGCUCUUCAAGCUCGCAGCGAAAUCAGACGCCAGCGCGGAUCUCGAACAGCUCCUGAAGGCCCUUAAACAGAAGCUCCAUGAGAAGGAGGAGGUUCUCCUGGGAAAAGCUCAGGUGAUCGAUGUCCUGCAGGGUGAGGUCGACAGCAGAGACCAGCAGAUAAAGGAUCUGACUGAGCGCCUGAGGCUCCUGCACAGCGAGAAGGAGAACCUGCAGUCUAAGAUGGAGGCGGAGAGGCACAUCAUGCGCACUCAGGUCCGCGACCUGAUGGAGAAACACCAGGAGGAGCUGAAGAGGGUGGCGGAGAAACACGAGAGCGAGAUGUCGGAGAAGGAGCAGGUCCUGCUUGCACAGCUGGAGGCAGUGAGAGGCUCCUCCGCUCAGCCUGCAGCACCUGAAAGCUCACCUGAAGAUCGACCUGCUGACCACUCGCUGACUCAGAGGGUGGCCGAGCUGGAAGCCCAAGCCAAGCUGAAAACAGACGAGGCCAGUAAAUCAGAAGCCAAAUUCCUGAAGAUGAAAGCGUGGUCCAAGUCUCGCAUCAGGCAGCUUGAAGAUGAGCUGAAGAAAGCUCAGUCUGGAAGCUUGACCCCUGAUGUGGCGUCCCUGCGUAGUCGAGUCACCGAACUGGAAGAGGAGAGAGAGGAGAUGCUGUGUAAACUGGAACAGUACGACGAGCUCAAGGCCAAAAAUGAUGUUCUGGAGGCGAAGCUGGUGGUGUACGAGGAGCAGCAGAGAAAGCUGCAGGCCGACCUGGAGCAGGUCACCAAGAGAGCCGCAUCUCAGGCGAGCGAGUCCGGCAGUGUGGACGAUGCGCAGAGUCAGGUUCUGGAGUGGCAGGACAUGGUUACCAUGGUAACGGAGGCUGAGGCAGUGCGGGACCAGGCUCGAGAGGAGAAGAACGCUCUGGUGCUCCGGAUGAGCCACAUAGAGGAGGAGCGAGAGGAACUGAUUGAGGAUGACUGGUUCUUUCCUGGCUGCUCCGAUCCAGCACUAGCCAAUCGGCAGCAGGAGUUGGAGGAGGAGGAGGAGCUUGUCCAGGCCAGAGGGCUCCGCCCACAGAAGGGCAAGAAGCCUGGAGACUCCGCCCCCCGCAGCCUGCAGGAGGACUUCGAGUUUGACCGAAGGUCAUCUUUCCCGGACCCCCGAAGCCCCUCAGGCAGCACCACUCCCAUGGAAGGGGAGAAUAUGGGAGGUUGGUGGCCCGAGUACAGUGCCAGUGCCCCAGACACAGGGGGUUUGCGGUCUGUCGUGGAAGAACUGGAGCUUGAAAGAAAUCAGCUGCAGGAACAGAUCCUUGGUUUGGAGGAGCGAUGUCAGGAUCUGGAGGAUCGGCUGCAGCUGCAGGCCCGAAUCGAAUCAUUACAGAACGAGUCCGAGAGACUGCAAGCUCAGCUGACCAGCCUGCGCACUCAGCAGAGCCGAGACGCUGAGAAACAUCAGCUCCUCGUCACAAGUUUGAAUGAACAGCUCAAAGGGCUAAGCAGCACACAGGAGUGUCUGGAGUCGUCGCUCAUGGAGAAGGAGCACACGCUGGCCAAAACUUCAGAAAAGCUAGAGCUCAUCGACGGCCUGAAAGAUGCCCUGAGAGAGAAGGAGGAGCAACACAAAGAGGUUUCUGACAGGCUGCUCCAGACUGAACACAGUCUGGCUGAGGUGAGCAAGAAGUGCAGUACGUUUGAAAAGCAGUGCUCGGAAAUGAAAGCAACUGUUGCAGAAUUAACACAGAAGCUCGGUUUGCUGAAAGAGAAGACGCAGAAACAAGAAGCCACAAUAGAAUCUUUGCAGAGCGAUUUGGAUCAAACAAAUGAUGAGCUGGACAAGCUAAACACUACACAUUUAGAAGAAAGAGCACAGCUUAUUCAUGAUCUCCAAAGCUGCGAGCGAGAGAUCGACAACCUCAAAGACCUCAUCACAGAGAAGGACAAGGAGAUUUCUGCUCUUUCUGGCAAUAUGGCAGAGUAUGCUGACGAAAUCCAUGAGCUUAAACAGGAGAUAAAGCAGAAGGAGGAGGAGCUUGUUCGCACGGAGAGUGCCCUGACCAAAGCAGAACAGGAAGCUCGAAUCAUUAAAGAAUCACAGUCUUCAGAUCAGCAGUCGCUUAAUGUGAAGAUAGCUGAGCUGAUGGAGCAACUGAGGGUUGCUGAAAGUGAUCUAAACGAGGCCAGACAAGAGAAAGAGUCAAAGGUGGACGAAAUUAAUGACCUGACAAGGCAGGUGGAGGAGGACAAGUCCACCAUAAAUGAUCUCCGCUUGGAAAUGCAGAAGCUCAGUACGAGUCAGCGCAAUCACCUCUCAGAAUGUGAAGCUCAGAUUUCUUCGUUGAAGGAACAAGUACUUGUGGCCACUCAGAAACUUCAGGAGUCUGAAGAUGUUCUCUUACAGCUGAAGGAAACUAAGAGUUCAGAUGAGAAGCUUAAAGAACAAAUGCUGGACAGGGAGCAAACGUACGAAAAAGAAAUGAAAUCACUCAAGGAGGAACGGAACAAGCUCCUAGCAGAGGUCACGAAAUAUAGCAGCGAGCUUCAGUCUCUAUCCAGUCAGCUUCAGGCACAGGUUGAGUGCCAAGAGCAGGUCAAACUGGGGGUCCAAGGGAAGCUGGAGACCAUAUCAUCCCUGGAGCAAAGGCUAAAGAAAGUGGAAGAAGAAAAGCAGGCACUGAAUGCAGAACUCAAAACCAGGGAUGACACUAAAGAAAAACUGGAAAAGGAACUAUCUGAGAAAACUGAGAGGGUUUCAGAGUUAGAAGACCGUUUGCAAUCGCUGAAAAGCGAAAGCUCAAGUCUACAAAAAGCUUUGGAGGAAAGUUCUCAGGAGCUUAAGAUUCAAAAGCAGCUUUUGCUUGAGGUUCAGGAAAAAUUAGAUAUCGUGCAAAAUGAGAAUAGUAGUUUGCAGUCACAGGUGAAAAGUCUCACAGAAGAGAAUCAAAGUUUUAAGCAAGAAAUUGAAAUCAAAGUUCAGUCACUGUCUCAGAUUUCACAAGAAAGAGACACAUUGCUGAGUAAAAUAUCCAGCCUUGAAAUUCAGCAUGUGGAAUAUGAGAAAUCAAUUGAGGAACUAACUAAAGAAAAAGAAGAGCUAAAUGUUAGAACAUCUGAGCUUAAUAACAUCCUUGAGCAAAACAAACAGUCUCUCUCUGAAGAUCUUUUAGGAAAGACUAGUGAGUGUAAUAACCUCAGAAAGUUGCUGGAAGAGAGCGAAGGAACAGUUACACGUUUACAAAACCAAAUCGAAGCCUUAAACACUCAGGUUGACGAACUAAACUGUAGAAUAGCAGAGAAAGAGAAAACUGUAGGUGAGCAAAGUGCACAAAUAGAUGCCCAGCAGAACCAAGUUCUACAACUCCAGGAGACUCUGACUCUGCUUCAGGAGCAAGGAGCCGCUCUGAAAUCUGGACUGUUGGAGAAAGAUACGCUGCUGCAAGACAAAGUUUCUCUGUUCACUUCAUUACAGAGUGAACUCGACCAGCAAAAAGAGCUUUUCUCCAAACUUCAUGGCGAGUGUGACUCACUUAGAGAUGAAUGUACGCAACUUGGUCGAAGCCUUCAAGAAAAUGAAGCCGCCCUCAGUGAGAAGACCCAUGAGUGUCAGACGCACCUGGAUGAACUUAGCAAGAAGAAUGAGUCAGUCGCUUCUCUCGGCAGUCAGUUGGAGAAAGUCAGUGAACUUAAGGUGAGACUGGAGACUGAAAAUGCUAACAUGAAAAAGUCUCUGGAAGACCUGCUGACCAAUAGCAGCAAGGCUUCCGAUGAAAUGACUCAGAGACAGGCUGAAAUUGUUGGUCUUCAUAGUCAUAUUCAGGCACUGAGUGGGCAAAACCAACAGAUACGAGCAAUGUAUGAACAAAAAGAGAAAGAACUAGAGGGAAUCAAACAGGUUUUGUCUGAAAUGGAUCAAAAGGUAGCUUCAACACUAGAAAAGAAUGAAAACCUGGCUUCUCAAAUCUCCGCUCUUACUGAGCAGAAUGGUCAUCUUCAGAAAGAAAAGACUGACAUGGUUAAAUCACUGGCAGAGGUAGCAGAAGAAAAGACCUCAUUAUGUGAGAAAGUGUCUGGGCUUGAGAUGCAGCAUUCAGAAAACCGUAAAAUCAUAGACGCCUUGCUCAAAGACAAAGAAGGUCUGUCUUCAAGGUUAGAGGAGCUUAGCAAAGUUAGUGAGCAGAAUCGUCAGUCUUUUGACGGAAGCUUACUUGAAAAGACCAGUGAAUGUGCAUCUCUCUCACAACAGCUAAGUGAGAGUGAGGAGACAGUGAAACUUCUAAAGGAACAAGCUGAAACCUCAGUUUCCCAGUUUAAUGACCGCUUGAUUGAAAAAGAGCAGUUGAUUCUGGAUCAGAGCAAACAGAUUGAGGGUUAUCAGAGCCAGCUUGCUCAACUCCAGGAAACUCUUUCAUUACUUCAGGAGCAGGGUAGCGCUCUUAAGUCAGGACUUAUGGAGAAAGAUGCUUUCAUACAGCAGCAGUCUAAGGAAUGUACUUCCUUGCAGGGCGAACUUGAUCAUCAGAGAGAGCUUUACGCAAACCUCCAGACUGAGAACGAGACCCUGAAAGGGGAAUGUUCGAGAUUGCAUCAAGUUUUGAAAGAGAAAGAAAGUGCUCUGGAGGGGAAGAUUCUUGAAUGUCAAAAUCACACUGAUGAGCUCAGCAAGAGAAACGAAUCCGUUCUUUCACUCAGUGGUCAGUUGGGUACCAUGACUGAAAAUAUUGUGAGGCUUGAAUCAGAUCUGAAAAGUUCGUUGGAGAGUCACUUAGCAGAAAGUGCUACGCUGAGAGAGGAACUGACACUGAAACAGGCUGAGAUAGUGAAUCUUCAAGAUAACAUUCAGGCACUCAAUGAGGCGAAUAAUACAAUGAAAGCCGAGGUAUCCAAAAGACUAGAGGAGGUGGCUGCUCUUCAGAGUGACUUGGCCAACAGGGACUUGAGUGUGGCAUCUUUGACGCAACAGUUAUCGACACUGAGCUCAAACACAGAAGCCUUGCAGCUUGAGUUGCAGCAAAGAGAGGAAUCCUUUAGGCAACAGGAGGCAUUCUUGAGUCAGUUGCAGGCCAAAUCUGUUGAGGGUGAAGAUCAGAUCAGCCAGAAAAUGGAAGCUAUUGCUGAGCUACAGAAGGAGGCUCAAAACUUACAAAAGGCACUGCAGGAGAAAGAUUUGCUGUUGCUCAAGAAAGAUCAGGAGAUCACACUGCUCAGUGAAAAGAUUGCAGCAGAAUCAGAAGCAUCUAAAGCUCGAAUGAACUCUGACAUGGAUGUCAUCUCUAAAUUACAGGGAGAGCUGCAGAUAUUGCUUGAAAAGAAUGACUGUCUUACUGGUUCGGUAGCUGAAAAAGAUGUUCUAUUGAGGCAGGAAAUGGACAAGUAUCUGAGCUUGAAGACUAGUGCUGCCAACCUUGAAGACACAGUUUCCCAACUGAAUUCCGAAGUUCAGAGGUUAUCCUCAGAGGCAGCACAGCUCAGGACAGCGCUAAGUGAGAAAGAGCAGGUCAUUCUUGAUAUUGGCAAUAGUUCCUCAUUAGAGGUCACCAGCCUAAAUGAAACCUUGAAAGCCAAAGAUUUAGAGAACGAAAACCUAAGACAACAGUUGAUAGACCUCCAAGAAUCUGUUUCAGUCUUGAAUACUAGCCUUAGUGCCCAGUCUGCAGAAGUAACAAGCCUGAAAGCAGCUCUGGAAGAAAGUAGGUGUACCGUGGUGGAUCAAAACAAAGCUCUCCAGGAUCUUCAGCGGAAGACUGAUGAGGCCGCUUUGUUCAAGGAUCAGUUUGUGGAAAGUACAGAACUGGUGUCUCAGCUGCAAGGCCAGGUUCAGGAGCUCCGAGAGGAAUCAUCCAGGCUUUCCACAGCAAUAGAACAAAAGCAAAGUGCCUUAAUAAACCUUCAGGAUAAAUUUGCCUCCCAAGCAGAAGAACUUCAGGAGACCAAGACCUUGCUCUCCCAGAAAAGUGAAGAAAUAUUGAACCUUAACCAGGCUAUCAGCGAGCGUGAGGAAAAGAUUCACGCUGACGAGAACAGCAUCUCAGCUCUUAAGCAGGAGUUGUUGAUGUUGCAGAAUGAGAUCCAGGAGCUGCGUGUGUUGAAUGCUAACAUUUCAAAACAAAAGGAUGAUGCAUUAGCUUCCCAUCAAAUAAAUGCUGACUCUCUGAUGAUUGAAAUUGAGAGACUAAAAGCACAGCACCAUCAAGUUGCAGCACAGGUUAAUUCUCUAACUGAAAAUCUUGAGCAAAGGGAAUUGGCUCUACAUGCUAUUAACAAUCAGUAUGCUGCUCAAGUAAAACAUACAGAACAGGUAGUGUCAGAAAUGCAGAAAUUGAACGAGCUUAAUUCAAGACUUCAAGAAGAAUAUCACUUGACCAAGCAGGAGCUAGGUAAAGUCAACAGCGAAAGAGCACUAAAGGAAGAGGAGGUCGGCAAAUUGGUUCUGGAAAAAGAAGAGCUCAGUAGGAAUCACAACUACCAGAUUCACAGGUUGCAAGAACAGCUCCAGUCCAGUAGCAUGAGUGAAGUGGUGGAGAAAAUGAAGGCAGAGACGGAGCAGCUCCAGGUCCAGGUUAGUGCCAAAGAUGAAAUAAUCAACGGAUUGAAAUCCGAAGUUCAAAGAAUUGAACAAACUCUUCAGGAGUCUGAAAAAGAGUGGCUGUCAGUUCUCGAUAGGGAAACACAGGCUAAGAAUAUCCUUGCUGAGCAACUCCAAGGAAUCGAGAAUGAGCUGAUGACUAAAGAUAGUAAAGUGCAUGCCCUGAAACAAGACCUAGAUAAUUUGAAUGAAAAAUUGAAAGAAGCUACGUUGGCCAUUAAGCAAGGCUCAGAGAAGCUUAAGGAGAAAGAAUUAGAUGCUUUAGCAAGUAGAAGCAAAUUCGAGGAGAUUUUAUCAACUGUUCAAGCAAAAGAAAAUGAGAAUGUUGCUUUGAGACAGGCCCUGCAUGAUAUGGAAAUUGAGUACAGACAAUUGGAGGAAAGUAAAGAGAGUAGUCAGAAAGAUGUAUCACUUUUGUCACAGUCUUUGUCAGAUAAAGUAGUGGCUUUUGAAGAAGAGAGGGUCUCUCUCCAAACCGCAAUUAGACAGUUGCGAGAAGACAGUCAGUCUGAGGUAUUUUCCCUUAGAAAGGAAUUAGCUAAACUAAGUAGGGAACUAGAGCAAAAGCAAGUAGAAUGCCUAGAAAAUGAAAGGGACAGUAAAGACAAGAGUGCAAAGAUUACUUUAUUGGCUGAAAGUGUUAACAGUCUCCAAGAAAAACUAAUGACAGAAUCAGAAAACCUCAAAGAGGCCAGUGUAAAACAUGAUGCGCUUCUUGCUGAAAUUCAAAAGCGAGAUGAGCAAAUCGGUUGUAUGACCAUUCAGAUCAGUCAGCAGAAAGAUCUACUGACUGGACUCAGCCAGCAGUUGAAAGAGAGAGAUGCCUCAGUCACACAGGUGGUUGCAUCAGCCUCAAAUGAAAGGAUAAAACAUGAGGAACUGAGAAACGCUUUGCUUUUACAACUAGAGGAGACAAAAGCACAUCUGUGUCUUUGUCAGAGUCAAAUGGAAAAUAUGGAAACAGAAAAGAAGGGUUUGACCAAAGAGAAUGAAGAUCUUAAAUCUGAUAUCAGCAAACUGGCAAAAGAAAAAGAGGCCAUGAAGAAAAAGCUUCAAGCUGCACUAGUUGUCAGAAAGGAAUUGCUAAAGAAAAUAGAGGAACAUGAGAACCAAACCGCACAGAAUGCAAAGAAUGGAGUCGAAAUCUCAGCCAUGCAGGUUAAAUUGGAAGAACUGAUGGCACAAAGGAUCACGGUCACAAAAGAGCAUGAUGCAGCUGUUUCUGAUCUUAGUCACCAACUCGAACAGAAAGACAGUAAAAUCAGUGCGUUAUCUCUGCUCAUCUCAGAUAAAGAGCAGACCAUUGUACAGUUGGAAGGGGAUGCCAGAUGUUUACAAACCAAGUUAAAUGAACAGGAUGCACUUCUGACUGCCACACUCCAGAAACUAGAUGAACAGAAGCACUUAGUUGACCAACUUCAAAUUACCAUGAAUGAAAAAGAUGUUGCUUAUCAACAAGAGAAGCAGGAACUGCUGGUGAAACUGGACCAACUUAAGAAAGACGUCACAAUGUCAGAUGAAAACACAAUUGAAGAAUUAGGAAGCGAGUUGGCCAAGAUAAAGCACGAGAAAGAAGCGCUUCAAAAGAAAGCUCAUGCCGCAUUGUUGGCCCGCAAAGAAACGAUAAAAAAGUCUCAAGAAAGUGAGAGAAAGUAUACUGAAGAGCUUCGUGGAAUCCAGGAUAUGUACAAAACUCUUCAGGAGCAGCACAGCCAACAAACAGAUGAGCUCUGUGCUAUCCAGACGAGCUAUGAUCUCAAGGUUCAAGAACUGGAAGAUGCCCUUCAGAGCUCAGAGUGUCUACAAGGAGAGAUGGAGGCCCUGAAGAGGAAUGCUGAAGAAAGAGAGCGAAUUAUACAAGAUUUAAGAGAGUCCUUAACUCAACAAGAAACGCAGUCAGCACAAACAUCCUCAUCACUUCUUGAAGAGUUAGAGUGCCUUAAAGUUGAGUUGGAGAAGAUAACCUCAGAGAAGUCCCAGAAAGACCAACUACUGGCGGAUGCGCAAGAAGUUGCUGAAAAAAUGGUGCGUAUGGGAUCUGAACAUGAUAAAGAGAUCCAGGAGAAGAAUGAAGAAAUUGCAAGGCAGAUGGCUUACAUUCAAAUGACUGAGCAGCGGCUUGAACAACUGCAGCAAGAUAUGACCAAACUACAGUCUCAGCAUCAGAACCAAGUGGAUACACUUAAUGCAUCUCUUGAAGAGCUUACUUCUAGUUUGAAAGCUUCUGAAAGUGAUAAAUCUAAGAUAACUAAUAUGCAUGAUAAAAUUGAACAACUUGUUGAAGAAAGGAAUCUUUUAAAGAUGGAGUUGGCAUCUGCAUUACAAGACGUAGCUCAGAAGUCAGAGGAACUACUCGCCUUGCAGAACACAGUAACUGUAACACAGCAGCAGCUUUCGCAGGAACAUCUCCAAUGCCAAGAGUCAAGGUGUGAAGUUGAAGCAUUGAAAGCACAGAUGGAAACACUACAAAGAGAAAAGGAGAAUUGUAUCUUGGGAUUUGAAAAAUCCAAACAUGAUGUUGCACUUCUUGAGUCACAGCUAAAACAACUUGAGGAGCAAAACAAGGAGCUGCAAUUUAAAUUCGAAUCAAAGGACACAAUGGUUUCUUCAGAUGAGCCAGUUAUACAGCCUCAAAAAUCUGAGGUCACCUACAACCAACAGGUGUCAGAUUUUAAGGCAAGUGAAAGUUGUCUUUUAGAGUUUCAAGCCCUGCUCACAGAGAAGGAGGAGCUUAUAUCUGCUCUAGAACAACAACUACAAAGACAAAUUCACCUCCAUGAGGUUGAGAUGGAAAAAAUGAGAAUUGAAGUCAGUGAGCUUCAACAAAAACCAGCAGAAUCUACAGAAAAUAAAUCAGUAGAGCAGCUAACAAAGAAACUUCAAGCAGCCUUAAUCUCCCGUAAAGAGCUCAUGAAAGAGAAUCGGGCCAUCAAGGAAGAAAUGCAGAGAGUGUCGGCAUGGAACGAGAAGAUACAAACCGAAACGUUAGCUCUUGAAAGAGUUGUUUCUGAAUUGAAACAACAGAAAAAAGAUCUAGAAAGUAGUGUUUCCGCCCUGAGUGCUGAAAGGCAGAACCUUUCUGCAGAUGUGGAUCGAAUUCUGAGUGAUAAUCACAACCUGUCAGCGGCUUGUGAAAGCCUUAAACUCACUAUCGAGAACAUCACCCAGCAGAAGCAAGCCUUUUCAUGCCAGCUUGAAUCCCUGAAAGACUCCCAGACAGAGGAGCUCUCUGAGUGGAAAUCCAAGCAUGCAGAUUUGAAACAGGAGUAUGAGUCUCUUUUGCAAGCGUAUGAGAACGUCAGCAGUGAAAUGGAUAAGAUGAGGCAGCUUCUUGAAGGAGCAAAGAGGGAAAGACAGGAAGCUCUUUUGAAGACUCAUAAAUAUGAAUCAGAACUGGACAGUCUUGGAAAGCAAGUUGCCGAACUGGAAGAUGAAAAUGACAAAAUUAAAGAAAAGAUGAGAAAGUUUGCCAAGUUAAAGCAACAAAAGAUUGAAGAACUUGAAGAGGAGAAUGAAAAGAUCAGACAAGACUUGAUCUCUUUUGAUGACGAGCAGAAAUGCACUGUUGAUGAACUGACCCUGAAAAAUAAUCAGCUGGAAAGCGAAAUAAAGGGUCUGCAAGAAUUAUCUGAGGGGCUCAGAGAGAAGAUGUGUGAACUUCAGCAGGAUAACCAGAACUUGGCACAGGAACUGAAAGAAACAAGCUUGUCCCUAGAGAAGUGGCACAUGGAAUCAAAAGCAACUGAGAGUAAUCUGCAACUCAAACUGAAUGAGGCUUUCAAUUUGAAUAAUACUUUCACAGCCCAAAUAGAGGCCCAAAAAGCAGACAUAUCUGCUCAAAAUGAAAUGAUUGAUUCCGUACAAAAGGAGAAGUUGAAUCUUUUUGAGAAAUUAAAGCAGGCAGAGAAAGACCAUGAAGUUGAGCUCUUUGACCGAGACAAAACUAUAGCAGACCUUCAAAAUGUCAUUGAAGGAAACAGACAAGAAACCAUAAGCCUAAAUGAAAAGGUUAGGAUUUUGGAAGAUGACAAAUGUCUGUUGCAAGAGGAACUUGAGAACGUCCAAGAAACAUCUGACAAAGUGAAAAAUGAAAAUGAAUAUUUGGAGACAAUGCUUCUUAAAAAUUCUGAAAGAAUUGAUGAAUUAACUGAGGCAGUGAAUAUCUUGCAAACUCAAAAUAUGCAGCUCUCUGCUCAACUAACGGAAGUGAAGGAGGAGAAGGCAAAAGUUUGCAGAGAAAAGGAGGAACAGCACCUGAAACUUGUGAAAGAAUUCGAGGACAAGCUCAAAACACUGCAAAGAGGCACUGAAGGCUCCAAAAAUAUGAAAAAGGAACUUCAAGAACUGCUGAAAGAGAAGCACCAAGAGAUCAACCAGCUUCAGCAUGACUGUAUCAAGUACCAGGAGUUGAUUUUGAAUCUUGAAAGGUCGUUGAAGCACUCUCAGACAGAGCACCAACAAGUGGAGAAGGAGCUGAGAGAAAUGAGUGAGAAGGUUGCUAAUUUGCAGAAAGAGAAUGGGAGUCUUGAAACUGAGCUAAAAACACUCAAGAACAUCCUUAAUGACACUACGAAGGCCUUGGCCAAAGUAACCUCUGAAAAAGACCGUCUUCUCCAAGAGGUGACCAAGAGGCAACAAGAGUCAGAAUUCGAGUCAAUGGAGAAGAAGAAAUCUUUGGAAAAACUAACUGAACAACAGCAGGCUCUUCUUAAAGAACAGCGUGUUGAGCUGCAGAAGCAGAUCAGUGACUUGCAGGAGCGUAACGAGAGGGAAGUUAAAGUUAUAGAAUCAUUACAGAAACAAGUGGAGUCCAAAGAUUUGCAAGUUAGAACUCUGCAGAGAGAGGCAGAAACGAAUUUGGCCAAACUAGCCAUACUCAGUGUAGAUUCAGACAGAAAUGAUGCUGCAAAGCAGUGGGACAAUGUCUUUCAAAAAGCCUUGCAAGAUAAAGACAGCCAGCUUCUUGAACAAGGCUUUGUUAUUACUCGGCUGUUAGAAGACAAUAGGGCAAAAGGUAGAGCUCUAAACGAUUUGCAGAUUGCCAACAAGAAAUUAGAGAGGACAUUGAAUGAAUAUUCAGUAGCAGCCUCAGCACAUCAGAGACAACUCUUCGUACUGGGUGCAAGCAAUACUGAACUCAACCAAACCGUUGAAAUACUUACUAAACGGUUGUCGGAACAGAGUGCCUUGGUUGAAAGAUUAGAAAGCGAUAAAAGCACACUAGUCAAACAACUCGAUGAGCAAACCUAUUCAGUCUCUCAGCUGCAGUCCAAUCUUGAGCAUUCAGAAAAAGUAUUGACAAACACACAGACACAGUUUCUUUUAGUCCAGUCUCAAUACAGCAAGCUUCAAGUUGACCUUGAGAGACAAGAAGCCAUUUCAUUGCACUUGAAAUCUCUUCUUCAAAACAAAGACAGAGAGAUAUCCUCUUUGUUAUCCUCUAAGGAUGGGCAGGUAUCCGGGUAUAUAGAGCAGCUUCAGGCUAAUCAUCGUGCCCAGGUAGCCGGGUAUGAGAACAGGUUAACUGACCUCUAUGUCAAGCGAGAGAGUGCCGAGAAAGAGCUGAGGUCAUUUGAAAGCAAAGUUCGAAAUCUCCAUGCCAGGUUAGACAGAUCUGCUCAGGAGAAAGAUCAAAUGAUGGCAAACAUAAACUCUUUAAGGAACUCCAUUGCAUCUUUGCAAACUGAGAAAGAACGUCUGGUAUCAGAGGUCAGCCAAAGCCGGGAAAGGGUCAGAGAGGGCUCAGCUGAAGGCAGCCUUGGUGCAACCAAGGGUUUGAAAGAAGAGAUCAAGACUCUACUUCAUCAAAUGGAUGACCUUAAUUCAGAGAAUGCCAUGCUCAAAGCACAACUCAUCAGAUACAGGGAGGAUUUAAACCAGGUGUUAUCCCUCAAAGACAACCAACUGAAAGAUCUUCUGAAAAAGCAACAAGAUUCGAUAAAGAACCUUGAAAACCAGAAAAGAUCAGUUGAAACGCAGCAUCGUGAUGCCCUUCUGGAGGUGCAGAAAGAAGCAGAGGAAAUCAAAGCCUUAAAAGAUCAAAAUUCAAAACUACAGUCUCAGGUACAGGAACUGGAGGACAGUUUGUUGGCCUUACAUAAAGAUCGUCUGGAGACAGAUGAGAGCAAAGUGAUUGCUGACCUGCAACAGGCUGUGGCAGUCAAAGCUGCCGAAUGUAACGAACUUCAGCAAAAAUUGUUUGCCCAAAAGAUAGCUACGGAUGACUUGAACAGAAGCCUGAAGGAAGCGAUGAAUGAGUCUGAGAGAAAAUUAGCGGAGGCAGAAGAAAAGUACAAUAAAGAAUUGGAUGCCUUUGAGCGGGAUGUCGACCUGAUGAGAAAUGAAAGAGAAAUUGCAGAGCAGAGGGUCGCAGAUUUGGCCAGAGACUUGAUGCAGACGGAGCAGCAGUUAUCCGAGGCUACAAGUCUCAACAAGAACCUGAAAUCACAAAACGAAUCACUUGGGAAAGCCAUGGCAGCAUUGCAGAAUGACCGUGAUCAGCUCAUUGACGAUUUCAAGAUUUUACGCAGCAGAUAUGAUGAGGAACUCAGAGAAACUACGGCAUCUAUGAAUAGAUUUGAGAGACAGCUGAAUGAUGCCACUUCAGAACUAUCAGCUCUUGCGUCGGAGAAGCAUGUGCUUGUCCAAAAGCUUUUGGCAUUCGAAAGCACCAAUCCACAACCUCAGUUAUCCGGGCUGGUGAACGACCUCUCGCAAGCUGUUUCGGAAAAAGAGGCAGAACUUAAACAACUCUCUUUGCAGAACAACUCCUAUAGCAGGCAGGUUACAGCGUUCUCCAAAGCCAUGGCCAGUUUGCAGACUGACCGAGACAGGCUGGUGGAGGAGCUCAGAAGGGCCAAGAGGGAAUUUGAGGGCAGACAGCAGUCGAGUCCCGAUAUGAUCACUUCUAUCAAAGCAGAAGAGUCGAAUAGCCUUAGCGUCAGUGUUGAUGCCCUUCAGACUGAGAGAGAUGGCCUGCGCAAGGAGGUUGUGAACUUGAGGUCCCAGAACACAGAGCUGAUGGAGCUGAAGCAGAAGUACGAUGACCAGCAGAGAGAGCUCCAACAGGCAAAAGCUCACAAGUUGCAGUGCGAGAGAGAUAUUAGCGGGUACCAAGCAGAACUGGCAGAGCUGAGGUCUGAGAGGACUAAACUGCAGUAUGAAUGUCAAGCUCUCAGAGAGGCCAGCAAGGUAUCAGCGGCUCUUACAGGUAAAGAUGUGUCCGCAGAGCAGCUGCUGCAGCUGCAGACAGAGAGAGCUCAACUUCAGAGUCAUCUACAGCGCUACCUGGUGGAGAUUCAGCAGAGAGACCUGGGCUUCCAGCAGCUCAACAUGAAGUUGCAGCAGGCAGUGGAAGAGAAGGCUGCAGUUUCUGCUCAGUUUAGAGCCGUGUCUCAGACUCUGAGAGACACACAGCUGAGUCUCAGCGAGCUGCAGAACCGCUGCUACUGGCUGGAGAACCAGCACCACUCGCAGCACCCACAGGCACAGCAGGGCUCUGUGCAUGUGGAAGUUGCUCCUGGAGCUCCUCAGGAAAGGAGCAGCUCUGUGGCUGAUCUGGACGGGCUGGACAUCAGAGAACUGAGGAGCAGGCUGGCAGAAGCAGAGCUGCAGCUUGACUCCGCCCAGCAGAAUGUGUCUCAGCUCAGUGGUAGGCUGGAGGAGGAGAGGGCGAGGCGGGAGGCGGCUGAGGAAGCUCUGGGAUUGGCUGAGCAGAGAGUUACGAGUAUGGAACCCAGCCCUUCCAGAUCAUCCCAGAGAGACUUCAGUAUCCAGCUGGAGACGGACGCAGAGUGGGAAGCUCUGAUUUUAGACCCGAACCAACACCUGCUCAUGCGCAAGAUGAAGAGUGGAGUCCACUCGUGCAGGCGCUGGCUGAGAGGCCGCAGUUUGUACUGCUCUAAAAUGCUGACGUCUCGAGCCAAAUCCCGCUACCUGUUCAUGGCUUACCUGCUCACCCUGCACAUCCUGGUCUUCAUGUGCUUCGCUGGCGCUCUGUAGAAGGACAUAAUGCCUCUCAGGAGUGUGGACCACAGCUUGGACUUCAUCCUGCAGCAGAAGAGUCAAACGGUCAUCCAAACAAAACCUCCUAGGUUUCUGUUGUAGCAGUCUGAAUGGACCUGGUCCAGGAUGUCCUGGACGGUUUGGGUGUUGAUCAGGUUUAAUGUAGGACUACACAAUAUACCAUAUCGAUACUGAUAUACUCUUGAAAUGGUUAACGAUCGGCCAGUUUCAUUUACAGACCUACAGAAACUCAUUUAGAUUGUUGUAAACAUGUUGAUCAAAAAAGAUUCACCACAAAAAAGUUUGAAUGGGUUGGAGGCCAAAAUAUUGCAUAUUGCAGACCUGUGAUGUCAGUAUUGCAUUGGCCAAUAUUGCGCUUUUCAAACGAUAUAUUUUGCGGCCCUGGUUUGAUGAGUGGACCCAAAGAAGUCUUCAACAAAAUAAAACAUGCUCACGCAGCAAGAUCCCUCCGCAGUGGUGAAUCCACUGCACAAUUGAAUGUUGCACCUAUAUUUUCUAAAUACAGGGAAAUGAUUAUCCAUAUUAAGGAUAACAGUUGGUGCAAGAAACAGAGAUAAAGGAAUUGUUCAGCCUAAAAUCAUAUUCAUCCAAUUUUCCACUUUCCCCAGAUAUAGUCGAUCAGCCAAGACACGUUUGGAGUCCAAAAUUUGCUUCUUUGCUUUAUAACUGGAAUUACACGGCUAACAUUGCUAAUGAACACUAGAAGUCAGUAGUCACCCAAAUAGCCCAGAUCGUUUCUCUAACAGACCUGUAUCCAGGUCUUCGUUAAGGUGGCGCAGACUUGCCAGUGUGGUUCAGAGCACGGUAUGACAUUGAGCCACUGAGUGCAUUUACAUGAGUUUUACAUCAUGUUUACAUCACGUCGUCUUCUGCAAGUUUAUUGGCUGGUUAUAAAUCAGAAAUCCGAUUACUGUCUGACUCAUGUAGCCCCGGAGUUUCCCUAUUAUCUCAUCACUCAAGUUCAUGUAAAAGCAUUAAUCGUAAUACUGACAAAAUCUGAUUUUCUGCAGUUAUCGGAUUAUUAAGUGCAUUUAAACACACUCAUUGUCACAAAUACUGGUUCUAGAUCAGCAUUCUGAGUACUGAGGGUCUGUAUUCAGAAACCAACUGUUGAUUUAAAGUUGCUGCCUGAAGUUUUUUCAUUUUAUUUUAUAUCCAAAACCUCAUGGACAAAUCUGCGGCAAGUUGGUAAAGACCUAGAUGCAGUUUGAAGUGGUUAAGAGAGACUUUGGUGAUGUAUUUUUACAGAAACUCUCCAGCUCAAAGCGGAAGUUGGACUCCGAAUAUGUCUCAGCUGCUCUGUAUUGCAAAAUUGUGCAAAUUGGAUUAUGAACUGUUCCUUUAAGGCUGGUGUGUUCCUUUAGUUUGAUACAUUAAGUGGCGAAACUGAUUAUAUUUAGCAAACUUUCUGUUUAUAUUCUGUCGCUUUCCGUUUAUACCCUUGACACCUUUACCGGACUUUGUCUACAUAGCAACUGUAUACACCAAAUGUCCUGAAACCUCACACACAUACAAAUCCACUCGUGUUUAGGUGCCCUGUGGGUUCUCAUGUCACUUGCUGCUGAUGAGGCUAUGCACUGAACUUUUAUUUAUAUAUUCAUUCUCCACAACAACUCAGCAGGGCCUGCUUUCACAGGAGUGGGGCGUGUGUGUGUGUGUGUGUGUGCAUGUGAUGAUAACGAGGGAUGAAUCUUGGUUCGUUUCACUACAGAUCAGCCUAUCAGAGUACUAUGCUAUAGAAGUAUAUGUAAUAUUUAAGGAGGUGAAUAUUUAAUGCACUAUGUGACGUAUGUGGAGAAGUACAUUUUGUGCCUGAUACCGUCGCGUUCCCAUUGUAGUUACUCUAUUACAGUGUAAGUACCAUUGACCUAUACUGAAAUGUACAGCCUCAGCAUAGUCCAUAGCACUUUCUUACCCUUUAUAACUGUGUACACUAUGAAUGGGCGGAUGCUGCGCACCGUGCUUUGCUGGAGCUUUUCUAUAGAGGGCGUGUCGUACUCUGUAACUACAGGGGUGUUAGGACGCAUUCUGUACAACUGCAGGUGUAAACGAAGCUUAAAGGAGAUGUUCUGACACAAAUCGCUAAUGUUGCUAACAGUAAAUGAAAAUGAAUAGGCAGCAGUUAGCAUUGCGUCUGUUAGGCCAGUUGCUGGCUAUUAGCUUCAUCAUUGUUAGCCGCAUUAGCAUGUUGUCUUCCUUUAAGGCGGUGUGUGAAUGAACUGCAGUGUUUUCCAGUUCUGCUACUGUAUUAAACUGUAUAAUGCAAAUUUUAGUGUUUUUGUGCUCCAAACAGGGCUAAUUAAAGGCUCGUUAGCUCGUUUCCCAAUUAAAUUCAGCAUAUUGGAGCAAGAAAUCAAUAAAAUGUGCAGGACCAGAACUGAUGUAUACAAGCUCCACCCACAAAAGCAUUCUUUCGUAGCUACUGUUGCUAGGCUGGACAAGCUUUUCAGAAUCCCAUUCAGCCCAAUGUACGGAGCCUUACUGGUGAUGUCCUGUAUAAAUGAAAAUAAUGAGUGGCUACAACUUAGUAAGGCAUGGGAACGAGAUCCUAAUGCAUGGCCAUGACUUGUUAAGGCAUCAUCUCGUUACCAUGCCUUACUAAGUCAUGGCCACAACUUAAUUAUCUCAUUCCCACGCCUUACUAAGUUGUGGCCAUGUGUUACUUUUAUUUAUGUGGGAUCUCACCAGCAGGGCUCUGUACUGAUAAGAACUCAGUGAGAACGUUUCCAUUUAAAAUGCUGCGCUAGCCAGGUUGGAUUUGGUGCCUUGCUAACAUUAGCUGGACGACAGAUGACCUAUAGCUGAUAUACAGUGUGACCUUUUAUACAGAACUGUGCAAAAGUCAGAGACCACCCCUUGUUUAUUUACUUUCCAGACAACGUGGCCAUUAAGUACAGUAUAUAUUUUUUUAGCCUCAGUAAAAAAGCAGAAACAUAACAGACGCUUGUGUAAUAAUAAUAGUAAUAGUGGUAAUAAUAAUAAUAAUAAUAAUAAUAAUAAUAGUAAUAGUCUAAAAUUCUUCCCUCUUUACCUGUAUUACAACAGAGACCACUGUUCAUUUAUUUAAUUUCUUGUCAAAAAAGACAUCAAGUGCACACUUAAAGAUGGUUCUUCAAGGGUUCUUCAAGGGUUCUUCAGUAAAGACAGUGGUUCUAUAUAGAAUCAUGAACAUUCGAAGAACCUUUUGCAUGAUUAAAGGGUUUUUUUGCAUCAUCAAGGAGUUCCUCAGAUUGCUGGAGAAUGUGUUUAUACUUAUAUUGAGCCUAUAUAUUAUACUCUAUAUCGAAGAGGGUUCUAUAUAGCACCAAAAACGGUUCUGCUAUUGUUACAGUGUCAAGCUUGUAACAAUACAAGAACCUUUUGGGUGCUAUACAGAACCCUUUUCAAAA